AGCAGUACAAACAUACCGGUUGCCCGCCUUGCUUCUACUCCUUGCGUAGCAAAUAGCCCUGUAGGAUAUGGGGAAGAGGACUACAUGGUCCAUGUGACGUCAACUAAGGGCCGCUCAACGCCCAAUCGCAUCUUGGGCGGAUAUUAUGUCCGCAAGGCGCGCCGGAUACCCCUCCUAGGCCUAAGCGUGGCAGUUCCAGCUCUUGACAGGUGGAGCAUAAAGUUCUUCAUAUUAUGGAGAUGUAAGCACUCGUUCGAGAAGGGCUGGGAGCUGCCUGCAUCUCAUUCUGCUACUCUACCUCACAGAAGUACAUUCCCUCGGGAUUUGGCCCGUUGCAAGACGACCGUUGGAAGACAGAUGUUUAUCGCACACACCAUUGGCCAGAAUACAGCCCGGCAGGAUGCAGAAACA